AUGCAGGUGGCAGCAGCAGCGGGUGCGCCCUCGGCAGCUGGCGCCACCCAGCCUCCACAGCAGCAGCAGCAGCAGCAGGAUGGCAUGCAGCCGCCUCUGCCCCAGCUGCCGCCGCUGCCGCCGGCGGAGCACCAGCGGCGGCAGCAGCGGGCGGCGGUGCUGGAGAGAAUGCUGACGCUGGCAGCGGACGACCGCUACCGGCAGCGAAUGCUGGAAGUCGCGCAGGCGGCGGCAGCAGGGCAGGCCGCGCCUGGCGGCGCGGCUGACGCUGCAGCAGCGGCGACGGAGGCCGCGCUGUUGGGCAAUGGGACGGGUGUGGAGUCGGCUCCGCCAGCAGAGGCAGCACCGCCAUCCGGCACGGCAGCGCCUGCCUCGGCAGCUGCAGGUGGCGGGCCGCAGCCAAGGCCCCAACGGACGGCUGCUCCUCACCUGACCCCAGCCUUUCGGCAGCGGCAGCAGCCAGCACCUCCCGCACUCUUCCCUGCGCCGCAGCAGUCUGGCCCGCCGUCGGAGGUGCCUCUGGUGGUGGCGACGGCCACGGCAGCCGGGCCGCUGCUGCCGCAGCAGCCGCCAGCGCAGCAGCCGCAGCAGCCGCAGCAGCCGUCGCCAUGGCAGCUGGUGCCCCAGCAGCAGCAGGAGCAAAGCACUCCCCAGCAGCUACGAGGCACAACCUCGGCAGGCACCUCCCACCCACCCCAGCCGUCUCCCGCAACGAUGCGCCGCUGCCUGCUGCUCGCCUGCCUGGUGCUCUUUGCGGGCCUGGUGGCCUCGGAGCACCCUGAUGUGCCCCUGAGCCGCAAGCUGCUGGCCACCGCGGUCGCCAACGCCAAGGCCAGCUCUGUUGCGGGCGGCACCGCUCACGCCAACUCCAAUGCGGCUGCCACCGGCCACGGCACCGCCAUCGCCAACAGCGACGCCACAGCGGUGGGCCACGGCUCCCUGGCCACAGCCAACUCCAACGCUCAGGCCCAGGGCCACGGCACCGCCAUUGCCGACAGCCAGGCCCACGCCGCCAGCCUGGGUGGCGGCGCCGCCAUCUCCCAGGCCAGCGCCAGCGCGUUUGCCAGCGGAAACGCAGUCGCCAUCGCCAACGCCGCCGCCAACGCCUUUGCCACCGGCCACGGUGUGGCUGUGGCCCAGGCCGCCGCCGACGCCUAUGCCAGCGGCAACACCGGCGCCGCCUUCGCCCUGGCACAGGCCACUGCAACUGCCAUCAACGGCAGCCUGGCUGUCGCCGACGCCCUGGCCACCGCUCUGGCCACUGGCGGCGGCUUCUCCACCGCCUAUGCCAGCGCCCUGGCCCAGGCCUUUGGCAGCAACACGGCCCCCCUGUGCUCGGCGCUGGCGCAGGCGCAGGCCACCGCAAUCGCGGCGCAGGGCGGCUUUGCUUCCGCCGCGGCCGACGCCUUUGCCGCCUGCACCUGA